GCUCAAGCUCGCGCUCUCCCAGGCUGCUUCCCAUGGCAUUUGCUCUGAGGCCGGAUCCUAUCCACUAACCGAGAAACUUUUCCAGCCGUUUCUUCUCCUCCACCCCCUUCCAGGAGAGGAUUAAAAGUUCCAAGAACUGGUACCGCCAGUGUCACUUGGGUACUCGCCGGUGAGUUCCCAGUCUCAGCCAUGUGCACCAACAUAGUUUACGAGUGGCUGAAAGCGUUACAGCUCCCGCAGUACGCUGAGUCCUUCGUGGAUAAUGGCUACGAUGACCUGGAAGUGUGCAAGCAGAUCGGAGACCCGGACCUGGACGCCAUCGGGGUACUGGCUCCAGCGCACCGCCGGCGCAUCCUGGAGGCUGUGCGCCGGUUGCGGGAGCAGGAUGCGGCCGCCGCCGGCCUUUACUUCACGCUGGAACCUCAGCCGGUACCACCAGCACCGCAGGUGGAAGCGGUGCCACCAGGCCGCCGGGGGGAGUCAUGUGGCGGCUCGGCCCAGGGCACUCGCGGGGACCCCCGUGGCCAGAUGAGCGCUCCCCGCAGCAGGGAGCUGGUGAGCUACCCCAAGCUGAAGCUGAAGAUCAUGAUCCGGGAUAAGCUGGUUCGCGAUGGUAUCCACCUGAGCAAGCCCCCGUACUCGCGCAAGGUCCCAAUGGCUGGCAUCCUAGCGUACUUAAUGAAUUGGCCGAAGUCAUCACAGAACCGCUAGCUAUCAUUUUUGAGAGCCCGUGGAGGACUGAUGAGGGGCUGAAGACUGGAAAAGGGCAUAUUUAGACUCUCCUUUCACAAAGGGAACUGGAUGGUCACUCUGGAAACACUCAUCAGCUUAAAUUUUUGGCUUGGAAAGUUCUGGAAUAACCAACUUAGUAAGAUGAAUAACUUACGUGUAGCUAGUGUAAGGCAGCGACGUGCUGCCCACGAAAAUCCUUUGAACUUGGUUUAAAACGACACUCCAUGCGGGACGAAGUUCAAUACAUCUCUUGGGAUUUCUCUCCUUCGCUCUUUGAAUUUUUCAUCGUAAUAGAUGGGGUUAAGACUUGUGGGUAAUUACUAAUUUUAAGUAUACCAUACCAAAAAUGUUUCUUACAAUAGCUAAUUAAUCAUAUCACUUUCAAGUUAGCCUCUAUCUCGAGAACAGUAACUUUCACUUUAUAUUUUAACAUACAAGUUAUUCUACUUUGGCGAGAGCGCUGUUUUUAUUAAUUUAUGUUAUGUCGUAUAUAAUCCUAUCUAAAGAAGUUUGGUGAAGGAACUCUUCCUUUAGGUACUUCAUAUGGUGAGUUCACAUAUAAAUAGAAGCAUAGUACUGACCGUUUAAGGAAGAAAUUCCUUUCUAACUUUUUAAAUUUAAUCUGGUGGAGGUAUGUUGUUCCAUUAGGAGUGCCAUGUCCUCACAUGAUAUUGAACACAUGAGUUGUUUCAUUCUUCCUUGCCCAGAGACUUCCCCUGCCCCCCCUUCCCAAGUUGCCUUAUAUCAUCUCCCUCUCUUUAGUAGACUUCGGAUACAAGUUUUGGGGCAGGGACGUGACCUGUGGCAGUAGGCAAGAGGAGCCUUGUCCAUGGACCGGUGCUUGAGGAAGACAGAGGGAAAUGGGUGGGAGUGAGGAAAUGAAUCUGGAGUUUGGGGUUUGUUUUGUUUUUUUUCAUGUCUCGUCAUUAUUCCCUUUGGAUGUUGUUAGUUUGAUUUCCUGCUAAGAAAAUGCAAGAGUGAAGAUAGGGUCUGAUCUUAGAUGAGAGAAGGCUAUGGGAGAUUAAACAAUGCCAGCAAGCUGCGGGGGCUGGCAAGUUGAGAGAGCCCCUCAGCUGUCCUGUACUGCGGAAUUGUCUCUUCACCACUCAGAAGUACAUUAAAGGUGCAGGCUUAUGUCACUAAAAUUAUGGACAAGAACAGGAAACCUUUAAAGGCAAGAGAUUGGCAUUCACCUUGUCUUUAGGAAUAGGUAGGCAAUUAAGAAGGGGUGAGAUUUCCAAAGGCAUUCAUGUCACAAAUACUGUUUUUAAAAUCUAAAAUUUAAACACUCGAGCUGCCUUCAGAGAUGAAUGUAUCACUCUGCAAAGCCUUUCUCGAGAUUAAAUACAGAUGUAAGGAAAUUAACUCCCAAGAGCAUGUUGUGAGUGGCUCCUUCUCCGAUACAAUCAACUGCUCCAUCACCUUUUCAAAUAAGCUGGUCUUUAAGAUACCUGUUAGAUUUUUUUUUUUAUUUUGAAGAGGUGUGGGUGUCCACAUAGAUCACUGAUAUGAUUUACUGUGAUAAUGAAUUGCUUCCUGGUUGAGACUUCAUUUCCAGGUGCCACCUCC